UUGUUCGCGUUGUCCGCCAUAUACAAUUUUCUCUCUCUCUCUCUUUCUCUCUCUAACCACUGCAUCGGUGUCUCGUCCUCUGCGGCGGCACGCCGGAGAGGGUACCGGCACGCACACCUGACUAAGCCGCGCCCGCGGCGGUCGCCGGCGCCGGCGCGCGCGGCAGCAGCAGCCAUGGCGCCGACGGUGGGGCUGAAGAGGACGGCGGCGGCGACGCAGACCAUCACGCUGCCGCCGCCCGACGCGCGGUUCGCGGUGAGGGAGGCCGUGCGGGCCACCAUCGCGUCGCCGCCCGUCGAGGCGCCGGCGGCCCCCGCGAGGGCCUCGGCUCCGGCGGCCGCGGUGCAGGGGUUCCUGUGCCUGGAGGAGGUGGACGGAAGGCGGUGGAGCUACGUGGUGGAUGGGGGCCAGGGGAAAGGGAGGGGGAGGGGCAGGGGCGGGUCGGCCGCCGUCUCCUUCGGGGCUUCCGUCAGGGCCGUGCCGCUGCAGUCGCCGCUGCCGCCCGCCGAGGAGGUUAUGGCAUUCAUAAGAUCCUAUGUUGUGCCUGAAGGCUUUCCAGACAGUGUUACUCCGUCAUACGUCCCAUACAUGACCUGGAGAGCCCUGAAGCAUUUCUUUGGUGGAGCAAUGGGUGUUUUUACAACAAGAACCUUGCUGAGCUCUGUUGGAGUAUCUCAAAGCAAGGUAACACCAGGAGCCAUUGCUAUCAACUGGAUCCUCAAGGAUGGUGCUGGUCGUGUUGGAAAAAUGCUUUUUGCGCGUCAAGGAAAGAAGUUUGACUAUGACCUAAAGCAGCUCCGCUUUUCUAGUGAUCUAUUGCUGGAGAUUGGAGCUGGAAUUGAGUUGGCAACUGCAGCCUUCCCUCAGUUUUUCUUGCCCAUGGCUUGUGUAGCAAAUGUUGUAAAGAAUGUUGCUGCUGUUACAUCAACAUCAACUCGAACUCCAAUUUAUAAGGCCUAUGCAAGAGGAGAAAACAUUGGAGAUGUCACUGCUAAAGGCGAAUCUGUUGGGAACAUUGCAGAUCUGCUGGGCACUGGCUUGAGCAUCUUUAUCUCAAAACGGAAUCCAUCAUUGGUGACUUCAUUUGCCUUCCUUUCAUGUGGUUAUCUUCUGAGUUCAUAUCAUGAGGUGAGAUCAGUCGUGCUAAACACUUUAAACAGGGCAAGGUUCACUGUUGCAGUGGAUUCCUUCAUUAAGACUGGGCAUAUCCCCUCAUUGAAGGAAGGGAACUCACAGGAGACGAUAUUUAAUCCACCUUGGCGGCAUGAGCCAAUCGCAAUAGGAUCACGAUUUGGUGAAGCCUUUCAAGAACCUGCUUCAUUUGUUGCCAUACGGCCAUUGUUUGAGGAUGAGAGAUACAUGGUAACAUAUAACCCAGCAAAGGAUAAAGUAUAUGCUUUGCUCAAGGACCAAGCAAAGUCAGAUGACAUUAUCAAAGCGGCUUUCCAUGCUCAUGUAUUACUGCAUUUCAUUAAUGCAUCACAUGUGCGGAAGCAGAUGAACUCCAAGCGAUCAGAUCACUAUGGAAACCCAUGUAACAUGGAUUUCAUGGCACACAUAGCAGAAUCCUGCAAAAUUGUUUCUUCCUCUUAUGGAACUUUCAAGAAGAAAGCUAGAGAACAGGGUUGGAUCAUGUCAGAAUCACUGCUUAACCCUGGGAAAGCUCGGUUAUGUGCCACAAGGCCACAGUGAUUUUACUGUUUCUGGGAUGAAAACAUCUUUCAACUAACUAAAACUUCUCAGCUAGACGGGAUGCUCGAUUGUUUGUAGCUGAACUGAUAUACGUUGGGCCCCCCAAGUAUGAAUCAGUCAGUGAUCUUGUCAUGCCAUGCAAAUCCGAUUUGGUGGCACCAAAGCUACCAAAACCAUGAGAACAAGCACCAAGCAAUCUCAUCACCUGAUCGAAUAAACCCCAGAGAGAGAGAGAUAGAGCAUGAUCGCGGAUACCAGGAAUCAGGACAGGAUCCACAUGACGCGGGGAUGGAUUCCAGAGGGAGAAAUUAUAUGUUUGCUGCUGUGUAGGAGCUUGGCUUAGCCGUCCUACUGUAACUGGUUCUAUUUGCUAGGAGGGUGAGAUUUUGUUCAGUCUUGAAGCUGUUUAUUCCUGCGGAUCUGCCGAUCUUUGAGAUGUUUUGUUCCCUUUUCGACCUUUGCUUAGGGCCAAAUGUAGGUUGAGGUUUUCCUUCAUGGUGAGAGAGUUAUGUCCAUAUGGAACGGAGCCCAUCUUGUACAAUGUACAUACGUGGCUGGUAAUAAUUGUAAGUGUUCUUUUCCUCGAUUUAAGAAUGUUCUCGAAGAA